CAGCAUCGCUGUCAAAAUAUUCCCCGUCAGUUUCAAUCCAAAAUAAAAGUCUUCAAUGAACGCCAAAAUUGAGAAGUCCGCAGUAAAUCGCUUUAUUAUUGACUACUUGAGUUGUUUUGUUUCGCGAAUUCCAUCUUGGCCACCGGUGAAAGUAGCAACCGAGUCAGCAGCCGCAGCAGCACCGCAACCGACAACGAAAACGAAGAUCAACAGGCGAAGGCGGAAAUCGUCAACGGCAGCAGAGGAAACGAAGGAGGAGAACGAGGAGGAGAAGGCGGAGGAGGAGGAAGGUGAGCAUCAGCAGCAACAGAGUCGGGACGGGAUCGACGCGAUCUACCUUGAAGGGACGCCGCAACAUCAGCAGCGAGAAACUGAACUUCUUCGACCGCAGCGGAGGCAGUGCGGAGAAGAGGAAAGAUGUUUGCCGAGAAGCUGCUCGCCAGCGUCGUCAAAGCGGAUGUGAUAGCGAACAGCAGCGACGCGGAGGAAAUGCUGGAUAUGAAGUUCGUUCCAGUUGGGAUGAUGAACGGUUCCGUAAGCAUCCAAAAGCCUCAAACAGUCAUCACCGAUCUAGGGAAAGCACUGCUACAAGCAGCCAAGACCGGUAACACGGAAAAGGUUCACGAACUGAUGAGCCGAGGUGCACCGUUCACGGCCGAUUGGCUGGGAACCUCUCCACUGCACCUGGCAGCACGAUACAAUCACGUGGACACCUGUAAGGUUCUACUGCGGGCUGGCAUCAGUAAGGAUAGCAAAACGAAGGUGGACCGAACACCGUUGCACUUUGCUGUGUACCAGGGCAAUAUAGAAAUAGUGGAGUUACUGCUGAACAGCAAGUGUGAAGUUGACGCAAAAGAUAUGCUUAAAAUGUCUGCCCUGCACUGGGCCGUAGAAAAACGACAUGACGAAAUCGUCGAAAUGUUGCUACAGCAUGGAGCCGAUCCCAAUGCGAUGUCCAAAUUUGGUAAAUCGCCCAUCAGUAUUGCCACCGAAGCGGGACAGGUGGAAUUGGUUAGGAUAUUAUUGCUAGCGAAUCAGAUGCGUGCCGCUAGUAGGGAACAGGUACAGGAAGCUACCGACAACCUGAUGUAUGAACUUCAACAGCAUAAAGAACGUAGCGUCAAUCAGCCAGACGACAGUGAAGACAACAUUACAAUGGACCUGAGCAAUGAUGAAAGUGUAUCAAACAUGUCAUCCUCCCAGAAGGGUGGAGUGGAACAUCAUGACACCAAUACCAACGACACCGACAAUCUCAUCGAGAAAGAAGAUAGCCUUAGUGAUGCAAUAAUCAACCUGGAACAGAACACAGAACAGGAUCCCAAAAAUCUUGACAGCAAUACACUUCAGAUGCUGAAGGAACACGGAAUAGCGAUGAUUCCAUCGGAUGACUCGGGAAGCAGUUUGAUCACAUCGGCUAUUCAAAGUGGGCGAAAGAUUGUGCUAUCGGAGGCGGGCAAGUUUGCGCUGAAUGAAACUAGAGUGCAAGCACCGGUAAACUCGACAUCCGUGCCGACUACUAAGAAAACAAUCAAAAUUAUCAAAAAGACAACGACGCCCUAUGGUGUUUCGGGACAGCAUCAUCAGUACCAUGGCCAUCAAAGACAAACCGUCGGUCACGGGCAUGCGGCAGGCGGCGGAACUAUCAAAACUAACAAAGUGAUUAAGAUACUGUCCGCGGAAGAAUUUAAACAGAUUUGCGGUGGAGAGGUUGGUGGUCUGAAAAAGCUGCCCUCAGGGGAGUACAGGAAAUCAGUGCAUUCUACAGCCACGAUGAGAGUACCACAUGCAAUGCAUCGACAAGCGGGAAACCUUUCGUCGUAUGGUUCGAAAACAAUAAAAAAAAUUGUCAUGGCCAAGAACAGACUGUCAACUGGUGGCAGCGGGUCUUUCUCCACCGAGAAUGCCAUCUCGAAGUUUAGCUCGGCUAAUAAUAUUGGUAGCAGCAAUUGCAACAAUAGCAAUAACAACAACAGACACAUAAUCACUUCGGCCGACGGCGUAAAACGGCUGCGAACAGCAACCGGUAUGGAGAUAAUCUCAAAGCUUCCCACUAAAAUACCCCAGGAUACGGUGGUAUCGGUGGAAGGAGCGGUCGCCACCAGUGGUGUGGUGGCCUCCAGACAGACCAGUGGCAUUGUUCCGAUUUCAACGGUAAGUGGUGGCCAUCAACGGCAGCAGCAGCCGCAGACGCAGGUGGUAAGUAACAUUGUUUCGAAUUCCGCACUAAGCGGUAGCAGUGGUUCCUCAAUGAGCUUAAGUGAACUGGAACGGCAUUUUCUCGAGUUGAAAAAGCAAACCGACGACCUGCGAAAACAGUUCGAACUGUCCCAGAAUCAGAACGAGGAGUACCGAGCUCGAGUGGAAAAGCUCGAGAAAGAGGUGAAGACAUUGAAGCAGAGUAGUAGUAACAAUGCCAACAAUUUUAUAGAGAUAAUUUAACAGUAAAGUGAACAGGUUUAGAGAUUAUUUAUUAAUUAGCGCGUCAUUCUUCGAUAGUUUACAGUGCGCCAGUUAAGUGUAUUGGUUAUAUAUUUUACGUUGUCGAUUAAGGUAUACUCCUAGGUUGCUCUUGAGAAGAAAAUAUACACCGAUAUUACCCAAGCGCGGUCCUGUUUGUGACUGCGCAGAGACAGAAAAAAAUAUUUAAUAUCAUCCUAAUUCCACUAAUAAGCAACUGAUGGGUUGCCAUAGUUAGUUAUGUCAGUUUGCGAUUUUUUGUUUCAACUGGUGAAACUAGGAUCUAGAAAAUUUGGCUACUGAACAGUUUGGGUUUUGUUUUGUCUGGUAAAAUAAGUUGUGACCUUUCAAAAGGAAUGCGAAUACCAUCCAAGAACAUUUAUAAUGCUGGAAUCUUUUUUAAUGUCUUCCAAAACAUUUGUAAAUCAUACAUCAGUGGCAACCCCAUAUUUAACUCCUCGGUCCAUUGACUGAUUAAUGUUAUUCGCGAAUGGUGAUACAGUGAAGUCUUUUUUAUCUUUUACAUAAAUUUCUUGUGCAAAUUUUCAAAGUUGUACGGGUUUUAAGGCAAAUUUUCAAAGUUAUGCGAAGUUGUUUUGUUCGAAUUUUUUUAAAUUUAGUUCAUACAAUUGGCUUGAAGUCGAAAUUUUUGGUUCUUUGAUUCGAUUUCUCUGUGUUUAAGCAGUGUUGAUCAGGGCUUAAAAUUGUCACGGAUUCUCAAUGAAAGAAACCAUUCCAGCAGUCUCAUUUUCAAUGUUUUACUGUCUCAUUCGUAAAUGACCGACACCAGAACAAACGAAGAGACACGAAGCAUUUUCGUUUCUCAUCGUAAAAAUGAGAGAGCAUAAUUGCCAACGUCACUCUUUCCUCUGUAACAAGACGAAACCAAACUAACGUCUUCAGGUAGCAACGGCAGAAUUUCAAUUUUCAUUCUUUCAUCGAUGUAUUGAAAAUAUGUGACGCUUGGCUAUAAAAAGUGACUAAAAUAUGGCAAAUCAAAUUAAUUACAUCCCAGAACUUCUUUGGAAACCAAAACUACUACAAAUUCGAGCACCAACAGUUAAAACUUAUUGUGAAACCUUUUUCUGUCGUUUUCAAUUCUCACAGCUUUGGUUGAAUAUCGACACUGCAUACUAUGGGAUUUUCACUGAAAACUGCAAAUGACUGAAAGGACAAAUGAAAGAAAAAACACAAUUUUGAAACUACUGUCCAGCUUAUGUGAUUGACUGGACAUGGAUUUCGUUCUCAUAGUUUGCAAACGAAGCUGAGAGUGACAGUAAUUUCUUGUCAUUUUCGUCUUUUUUUCAGUCAUUGAAAAUGACUUUUAUUAGCUCUGGUGGUGAUACGGUUGUUCAUGCGGUAGUACCAACAUAAGCAAAAUGAUUCGUAAUAAUUUAAUCAAACUUAUCUUAUUCGAAGGAAAGUCAAAUUAACGGUUGUAUAGAGAACACCAAGCUAGAAUUCAACGAAAUUCAAAAGGGUUUUGAUUACACGUUUACGUUUCGAACUUAAUAUGAAAAAUUCAUUGACUUUUGACACCUCUAUUCCGGAUUCCCAAUUGGAUGAUUUCCAGUAUCUGAUAUUCAUUUUCAUUAUCAUAUGCGGUUCAUUUCAAAACAAUAUGAACGUAACACAUCUCUCAAAAAGUCGUGUGACUAACUAAGAAAAACAUUUGUUUUGCAAAAAGUCAAUUUUAUUCAUCAAUACAAUCUCCUUCAAGAGCAAUACAAUCAUUCCAACGCUCCUCAUAGCGUGCUUGUAGAAAGAUUUGGCUUUUUCCUCUGAAUAGGCUUCAAAUUCAGCAGUUGCUUCUUCAUUUAAGUUGAAUUUCUUUCCGGCGAGCAUUUUAUUUUAGAUCAGUGAAUAACCAGUAAUCAUUGGGAGACAGAUCUGGACUAUACGGUGGAUGAGGAAACAAUUCGAAGUAUAAUUCGUUCUUUUUAACCAUCGUUAAUUUGUUUAAGUCAUGUUGAGACGUAGAGCCGCCUGAGCUAGUUUUGAAUUUGAUCGAGGAAAAACAUCAUACAGCUACCGCAGGGACGGGACUGGAACCCGUAGCUAGCUUUUAUCUAAGGAAAUAGUUUUGCCAUUUGAACUACCCUGCAUGUGAAACACAUGACGAAAAAACCUAAUCGACGGAAGAGCGUUGCCAUCGACUUGUGAAUCGGUGUCUUGGUGAAAAAGUGGUUUUUUCUUCGACAUUUAAAGUCGAUUUUCUUUGCUUUUUGCACUCCAACAAUCUAACAACGCUAUGGCUAUGGAUAGUUGAGGAAGAUUAUACCAUGUGCAUCCCAAAAUACUAAAACCAUAACCUUCCCAGUUGAUUGUAGUGCUUUUGGACGCUUCGGAUGGGAUUCAAGGGCUGCAGACAACUUAGACGAUAAUCAUUUUUAUUCGGGUUUGAAGUGAUGGAUCCAUGUUUCAUCCAUUGUUACAUAUCGACGCGAGAAAUUAUUGUUUGUAAACAUGACCAAACACUGUUCUAAAUUAUCUACACGUUGUUGUAUUUGAUCGUCUGUGAGUAAACGUGGCACCUUGAUAAAGGCUUUUUCGUGAUCAAAUGUUCCAAACAAACUGUUUUCUGACAUCUUUACGGCCUCAGUUAUCUCACGCAAUUUCAAUUUACGAUUAGAUAUAACAUAUCGUGAAUAAACUAACA